AGUUUCUCAAUCCUGAUAAAGUCAAUCAAAAUAAACGAGGUAUUUAAAUGUGACAUGUUGAAUAAAAUAAUAGAAAAAAUAGAAAAUAAUAUUAAUAAGUGAUAAAACAAAAGAGUUUAAUAGCUGUCUACAUUAUUUAGAAUUUACCCUCGAUUGUGAAGUUCAAAACUCACACAAUUUUCGAUUAAAAAGAACAAAAAUGGAUUUCCAAGCUUUAUUAUUAGAAUUAAAGGACAAAUAUGCCCAAGUGAGAAAACUACUAGAUUCCGACGAUAAAAUUGUAGACGAGACAAAACCCUACAAAAACAAAUAUGCAGCAAUUGAAAUUUUAAAAGAAAUGCAAAGUUCCCUUUUAAAAACCUCCAGCAAUGUAAUUAAAGAAGAGAACGACGUGAAUACACUGCUAGCAAUAAUAUCCCUAAAUCUCGGUAUUGUUUACGUCGAAACAGAGGAAUUGAAACUCGGCGAGGAAUUUUUCAUGAACUGCAUAGAUAAUCUAAGUGAAAAUGAAACCCUACCGCAAAGAAUAAUACCAAUGAUAAGUGCUCUAAAUCAACUGGGAAUUCUUUGGUCACAAAGGAAUCAAGCCUCAGUCUCCAAGACAUUUUUAGAACGAGCUAAAGAUAUUUACAAAAAAUUUAUGAUGAGGGAAAAAGAACCAAUUAACAUGUCAAAAUUAUUUCUUGUCGAAAUUGUCAACGAAGAGGAAGCAAAGACAGUUUUGGAAAAAUUACACACACUAACCUUGUAUUAUUUGGCACAAAUUUACGGAACUUUGGAGGAUUAUCUCAAAUCGGCAAUCUACUGUCACAUGACAUUAUCCCGACAAUUGGAGUACAAGGAUUUUGAGAGUAUCGACUGGGCCCUGAAUGCCGCGACACUGUCGCAAUUUUUUCUCGAGAAGGAAUGCUUCUCACAAGCGAGACACUAUUUAUCAGCUGCAAGUUAUGUUCUUCGAAAUUAUCAAAACACCCUGACGGCAAUCGAGACUGACGUCGAGAACGACGAAGAAUCAGCGGCAAAAUUAGAAAACUACAAGCACAGAAGUGCCGAUAUUUCCCGCUGUUGGGUGAAAUAUGGAAUUUUACUCCUCACCGCCUCCAAGGAACGUCUUUUACUAAAAAGCGAAAACGAACAACAAGAGGAGAAGAAGCCCGAAAUCGAUAAAGAUUGUUUGGAAAAAUUACAAUUCACAAGUAUCGAGAAGAAUAUCGAAUCGAUCGCAAACGAAAUAACUGAUAAUUAUCUACUCGAUUUUUCCGACGCAAAACUAGUUUUCUUCAAAAUCAACGAAUGGAUCGACAGUGCGAAACAAUAUUAUUCCCUCGAGAAUCACGCCUCGGAUUAUGUCCAACUAAUUCAGGAUCAAUCGCAAGCCUACAAGGACUUGGCAUUUUUUCACAACGACGAGGCGCAACAGGCGAAAAUGCACAAAAGACGAAUAGACAUGUUGGAGGAUGUCCUCAAGGAACUACACGAGACCUACUAUCAAAGUAGUUGUCGACAAAUUUGGAUGGAACUCGGCGAGACAUAUUCGGAAAUUCUCGACAUUAAAUUAGAUCGUCUACAGGCGAGUGACGAUCGACCGACGCCGAAUAUGUUGAAGAAAAUUAAUAAUCUCACUGGAUCGUCGAUAAAGAAUUUCGAAAAAUUCAUCGAAUCGUUAAAAAGUUCAAAAAUAUUUGUCGACACAAAUAAAUUUCCCGAUGAAAUGGUACGAGCUGUAUUGAGCGCUUAUUUUCACGUUGGCAGAUUGUAUAAUAAAUUCAUAACACCCGAUAAACAGCAACAACUCGAGAAUGUGGAAAAAAGUUACAAUGCCUAUUCAUUUUUGGUGAAUUACUGCGAACGCAAUUCAAACGCCAAGGAAUUGAUGCACGUUGAAUUGAGUGUUUGUAAAGAUUUCGUUAAAUUACUUCCACUGAAAAUUAGUAAAUUAAAGCUAGAAAUGAGGAAUCCAUAAUAAUUUUGUAAAUAAAUUUUUAAUUUCAACGUUUAUUGUAAAUUACAAAGAAAAAUAAAAAGUUUUAUUGAAAAUUAUAA